AACAAUGAGACAUUCUUGCGAGAGAACAUAUAGAGAGGAGGGAAGAAAUAUCCAACACACACAUUUGGUUUCAGUUUCUUCGAGGACAUUCCUGUCUCUCCAAUGGCAGGGGUCGUCCAAGAUACAUUACCUGCCCAUGACCAUGAUGAAUCCAAACUUGCCAUUGCAGAUGAUGACACAGAAGUGGAUGAUUCUCCAAUAGAGCAGGUCAGACUAACAGUGUCAACAACAGACGACCCAACACAACCAGCACUGACAUUUAGGACAUGGAUUAUUGGUUUGGCAUGUUGCAUUGUCCUUGCCUUUGUGAACCAAUUCUUUGGGUACAGAACCAACCCUCUGACUAUCACUGCUGUCUCAGCACAGAUUGUUUCUCUCCCAAUUGGAAAACUAAUGGCUGCAACACUUCCAACAACAAUAUAUAAAGUUCCCUUCACUAAAUGGUCUUUCACAUUGAAUCCUGGACCAUUCAAUUUGAAGGAACAUGCCCUCAUUACCAUCUUUGCUAGUGCUGGAGCUGGCGGUGUUUAUGCCAUUAACAUUAUCACUAUUGUUAAGGCUUUCUACCACAGGAAUAUCAAUCCAAUUGCUGCUUUUUUGCUAGCAAUAACAACCCAGAUGCUUGGUUAUGGAUGGGCUGGUAUGUUCAGAAGGUUCCUUGUGGACUCUCCCUACAUGUGGUGGCCUUCAAAUCUUGUCCAAGUGUCUCUAUUCAGGGCAUUUCAUGAAAAAGAAAAGAGGCUUAAAGGAGGAACCACUAGGCUACAAUUCUUUUUCCUAAUCUUUGUGGCUAGCUUUGGUUAUUACAUUAUUCCAGGCUACUUUUUCCAAAGAAUAUCAACCAUAUCUGUUGUUUGCUUGAUAUGGAAAAACUCAGUCACUGCUCAGCAGAUUGGUUCAGGAAUGAAGGGUCUUGGCAUUGGUGCAUUUUCCCUUGAUUGGAACACUGUUGUUAGUUUCACAGGAAGUCCUUUGGCUGUUCCUGGUUUUGCCAUCAUUAACGUCUUGGUUGGAUUUGUGUUGUUUCUCUAUGUUAUCAUUCCCAUUUCCUAUUGGAACAACUUUUAUGAGGCCAAAAAGUUUCCUUUCAUCAGUUCUCACACAUUUGAUUCCACUGGUGCAACAUAUAAUGUUUCUAGGAUUCUUAAUGAAGCAACCUUUGAAAUUGAUAUGGAUGCUUAUAACAAAUACAGCAAGCUCUAUCUUAGUAUCAUAUUUGCAUUUGAUUAUGGAUUGAGUUUUGCAACUCUCACCGCCACCGUAUCGCAUGUUUGCCUCUUCCAUGGAAAAACAAUUAUUCAGAUGUGGAGGAAGACAACAAAUGCGCUAAAAGAAAACGCUGGAGACGUACAUACAAGACUCAUGAAGAGAAACUAUGAACAAGUCCCUGAGUGGUGGUUCAUGAUCAUUUUGGUUCUUAUGGUUAUUUUGGCCUUGGCGUGUUGUGAAGGCUUUGGCAAGCAGCUCCAACUUCCUUGGUGGGGAGUCUUGCUUUCUCUAUUAAUUGCAUUGGUUUUCACUUUGCCAAUUGGUGUCAUCCAAGCAACAACAAACCAGCAAGCUGGACUCAAUGUGAUCACAGAGUUGAUCAUUGGGUUCCUUUACCCCGGAAAGCCUCUUGCUAAUGUAGCCUUCAAGACUUAUGGAUACAUCAGCAUGGCACAGGCACUUAGUUUCCUUGAAGACUUCAAAUUAGGACACUACAUGAAAAUUCCUCCAAAAGCUAUGUUCAUAGUACAAUUGGUAGGAACUUUGGUUGCUUCAAGUGUAUACUUCAGCACAGCAUGGUGGCUUCUAACAACUAUUCCAAACAUAUGUGAUGCAUCAAUGUUGCCUGAGGGUAGUCCAUGGACUUGUCCUGGUGAUGAUGUGUUUUACAAUGCUUCAAUCAUAUGGGGAGUAGUAGGACCACAAAGGAUGUUUACCAAGGAUGGAAUUUACCCUGGAAUGAAUUGGUUUUUCCUCAUCGGUCUACUUGCGCCUGUUCCAGUGUGGCUUCUAGCUCGCAAAUACCCGAACCACAAGUGGAUUGAACUCAUCAACAUGCCACUUAUCAUUGGAGGUGCCAGUGGUAUACCACCAGCUAGAUCAAUCAAUUAUAUUUCAUGGGGAGUAGUUGGAAUCUUCUUCAAUUUCUAUGUUUACAAAAAUUUCAAGGCAUGGUGGGCUAGACACACUUACAUUCUCUCAGCUGCUUUGGAUGCUGGUAUUGCUUUCAUGGCUGUGUUGCUCUAUUUUUCACUUCAAUCUUAUGAUGUCUUUGGUCCAACUUGGUGGGGUCUUGAGGCAGAUGAUCAUUGUCCCUUGGCUAAAUGCCCUACAGCUCCUGGUAUUGUUACCAAGGGAUGUCCCGUCUUUUGAGCGCCAUAUUUGCGAUCUCUUAUAUCCUCAUUAAUUAGUCAUGAAAAUAUACAUCAAGUUUGAAGAAUAAUUAACCAGUGUCGUCAGCUGCAGAAAAUCUUUGGUUGGUUGUUCAAAAUCCGGCUAUAGCGCUUCUAUAGCAGUUACUUGACAGCAAUUUAUACUAAAUAGUGUGUUGUGGAUAAUAGUAAUUUGUUGAAAUUCCACUGCAUUAUAGUCUUAUAUCUGCUAAUUGAGAGCAUUGUAAUUAACAUAGUUUCUACUUUUUAAUUUCUAUCUGUGCCAAUUGUAUAGAUACGGUAGAAAGUUGAACAGGAUGUACAAAUUGCAAAAUAGUUUGAAUAAACCACUGUUAGAUUCUUUGUAUCCAA